CCACAAUGCACUGCAGUGGUUUAGAAAUACACCUGUAAACACCUGAUAGGGAAUAUUCCUUCUCUUUUAUAUAGGACACUGUGCUGUAUUCUUACGGAUUUUUUUUUACAGUGCGCCGGCAAACCAGGAAAUAAGCGCGGUGAAUAUUUUGGCCUUUAAAAAUGCAUUUGUUUGCUACAACGCUAAAGAUCGAUACAGGUCUGCUCUAGUAGGAGGAGGAAAUGUUGCCUAACACUUUGCUUAGUCUGAGGUGAAACCACCGGACUGCUCACAGGGACUACACCCGUGGACUCUACACAGGGUCGCUGGGGAAUCCUAUUUGAUCAUGAAGACAGGAUGGAGGUGGACCAGUUUGGGAGAGCACGCCUGACUUGUUGCACUGUUGAGAAAUGAGUGUUUAGAGGGCAGAGAGAGCACAAGACUUCUCACAGUUUCCUCUGUGAGCACUGUGAUCUGUGUUUCCCAACACUGGGAUAGGCAGGAAUAGUUUAAGACUAAGAAAAGUCUUUAUUAGCAGCUGUUUCCUUGGAAUAUCGGCCUCCUUUGGAUCUUGGCUCCAACCGCAGGGAGUGCCCAAAGCAGGACUGAUAAGCUAAUCUAUACCUGGAAAAUCUGAACACGGCACGCUGCAACUGUGAGUGGGGAAAUGGAGAGAGAAGGCAAAAAGGACUGGCGUGAACUCGAGCCCAAAUACACCGUCAAAAUCAUCCUGACAGUCCUCUACAGCCUCAUCCUGAUCACGGGUAUUGUGGGUAAUUCAGUCACCAUCCGAGUGACACAAGUGCUGAUGCGUAACGGCUACCUUCAGAAGAACGUCACCGACCACAUGGUUAGCCUGGCGUGCUCCGACAUAUUGGUGCUUCUCAUUGGCAUGCCGGUGGAGCUCUACAGCGCCAUCUGGUUCCCCUUCAUGUCGGUGUCUGGAAACGUUUCCUGCAAGAUCUACAACUUCCUGUUUGAGGCUUGCAGCUACGCCACUAUCCUCAAUAUCACCACGCUCAGCUUUGAGCGCUACAUCGCCACCUGCCACCCUUUUCGCUUCAGAACCUUUAGCGGGAAAUGGACCUCUGGCCUCAUCGCCUUUGCCUGGGUGGUGUCCCUGCUCGUGGCCCUACCGCUGCUGAUAACGACGGGAACCCAGGGACACAUUCCCACCCGGCAGGAUAUGCCGGUACAGAACCUGACCUUCUGCACCAAUCUGAGGGAGCACUGGAUGAUGUACAGGGUCAGCAUCUUUGUGGCCUUCAUUGUUUACAUGAUUGUGGUGAUCUGUGUGGCCUUCAUGUGCCGGGCCAUGAUCCUGGUCCUGAGGAAACCUAUGGGAUUCACGGAUGGAGCACCCAGCCAGGAAAGUUCAAGGAUCAAGACAGCCAGGAAGCAGACCAUCAUUUUUCUUGUUCUCAUUGUUGGAUCCUUGAUGGUGUGCUGGCUUCCCAACCAGAUUCGUCGUUUAAUGAUGGCCGCUGUGCCCAAGUCCAACUGGACUAUUCCCUACUUCCGGACCUACGUCAUCCUCCACCCUGUGGCCGACACCUUCUUCUACCUCAGCUCUGUCCUCAACCCAUUCCUCUACAACCUCUCCUCCAAGCAGUUCAGGGAGGUGUUCAUCCAGGUUCUGCGGUGCCACCUUACCAUCACACAUAAAAACAAGUCCACCGUGCAGUACUCCAAGGCUGCCUCCAGGCGCCCCCUGCUGAGGUCGCUGCGUCGAAACAGGUCGAGUCACACCACACAAGAGAGAACGCCCCCAACUUUUACGACUUGUCAGUCACAAAAUGACUCAGGAUUGGGCACGGAUACUCAGAUGUCCAGCAACCUUCCUGAGGAGCAAAACUCAGACCUUGUCAAUAGAGAUACACCAUCCGAGUUGGAAAUAUAACCUGUUGUACAAGUUAAUUAAAAUCAGUGAAACCAAAAAUGGAUAAAAAUAAACAGUUUUAUCCAUGGGUGCAGGUGCUGUUCAGUAACAAGUAUUCAGAUAGCAGAUAUUCCAUAUACACAAUAAACAUAGUACAACAUGCCUCUAAAGGACAUUUAACUUGAGUGAUGAUGAUAAAAGAAAAAAAAAACCCUCAAAUAUUCAUUUAAGCAGGAAAAAUUCCACGGCUUCAGUUAAAGGUAGAGACGGGUGAGUGAUUAUGAGUGGCUGAUUAUUUUGGGCCACAGAUGGAACUGAAGGCCACAUAACAACCACUGACAUUCAACAACAGGAACUGCCUUGCAAUACCAAUUAAUUUGAUUAUUGAUAAACCAUAGUUAUCAACCAUAGUUAUGCAAACUCACAUACACUCAGCUGAUACCCUUCAAGGCAUCCAGCUGGUAAAUCUGAUAUAGUAGUUAGCACUAUUUAGCCUUCCCACAGUUGCUACUGCAAGCUGCUUUGCAACCCACAAGCACAGCUCUACCUAUUAAUGCACUGCAUAACUUAAUCAAUGUCCUAUCUGGGUGUUAAUGCUACUGUGUCCACCUCAGGCCUUCCAUGUAUAUUCACAGAAGGGCAGGAGAUCCUAAAUAGUAAAAAUCUGAUUAUAUAAUUAAAUAUUAAAAAAAAAAUAAGAUACUAAAUUUUGAAAAUUAAUAACUGAGGAAAAAUUAACUUUUCUGAAAAAAAAAGAUCAAAAAAGUGUUUUGAUCGAGGGAUGCUGGGGGGAUUAACAGCGUAAAUACUGACCUGCUAACCCCUCACAGUCUGUGGAAAAUUUGGAAUAGUGAUUUGGACCUAGGUGCAACUCUUGAUGAGGGCAAAAGAUGGACGUAGCUUAUGGGUCUAAAAAGCAGAAAGAAACCUGUAUUCUUUUCAAUGGCCAGCAGGAGGCAGUAAUAUUCUCUUAGCAGACCAUUUGGACUUGGAUAAAUGAAGGGCCAGCAGCUGAAUUAAAGCCCAUAGAGCUGAACUGUGCUACUGCAGGUAAACAGUGUUAAAUCUGUUAUCUGACUUUUUGUUUUUUAAACUCUUUUUUACAUUUUUUAAAAACUCUUUCAGACUGUUUAUAUUUAAUGGUACAGUCAGUUGUUUUUUUGAGGUUAUUUAAUAGAAAAAGAAUGUACUCAUGAAUAUACAGUGAUGCCUCCUCAAUUAGAAAUGACCUAUUAAAAAUACAUCAGAGCGGGCACCAGUUUGUGGAAGCUGCCCUGUUGCCCUGCUGACUUGAACACAGUGGCUGAGAUGGACAUCGGGGAGCUGCCUAAAAAUGUUUUAUCUAUGUAGCUAGAGCGCGGUGCAGCAGCGCUUACAGGCAGAAAAGUUCAGGAUAUCCUCAAUAACUCACCUCAGCAUUGCUGUCAGGGGACAGAAGCAAACUUCCUAAAGUUUUACAGCCUCUUCCAGAGUAAAUAGACGUGGACGUUUCUCACCCGGCGUUGAUAGUUGAGGUAACAGUGGACUGACAGCCUAAACUCAGUACAGAUGAGUUUUUGUGGUUACUGCAGGGCGACAACGUAAAAUACCACAAAAUAUUUAACUGACACAUAUCUGUUUAAAUUCCUGAUUUAUUAGUAAGUGUUGAUAUUAUUCAAAUAUAUUAAAAUAUAGCGAGUACAAAAAUGUUUUUGAUAUCUCCUGGCUGACUAAAACUUGUUUCCAGUGAGAUUUUUUUCACUGUAGCUUUUAAUGUUGAUCACUAACAGUAGGCUAACGCUUGUAGCUUGUGUCUAAAAAAACAUCUUAAAAAGCCAAAGCUCACUGAUGCUCAGACCUGACGGGAGGUCAGUUUAGACCUGGAAUAAUUGAGCAGCGUGUGGUAACGAUGGCAGAGUUCACAACCCAGAUUGUCUAUAGAGACACAAUUUGAGAAGUACUUCAGUUUUGGGGCAUUAAAGUGAGAAACUGUGAAACUUUAAUUGUGCUGACUCAUUUGGUUCCCUUAAUAUUUUAUUUGUUUACUCUGUAAUGUGUGGGUAUGUAUAUAUUUUGAGAUCCAUCUUUAUGUUGGAAUA